AUGCCUUCAUAUUCUAAAUUCCUUAAAGAGAUUCUAUCCAACAAGAAAAAUCUUGAGGAUGAUGAAAUUGUUAUGCUUACUGCCGAGUGUAGUGCUAUUAUUCAAAAAAACAUGCCUCCUAAACUGAAAGACCCUGGUAGCUUUUCCAUACCUUAUGUAAUCGGAAAGUUUAUCAUAGACAAAGCUCUAUGCGAUUUAGGAGCCAAUGUUAGUCUAAUGCCCUUAUCCAUAUGCAAAAAACUUAAUCUAGGAGAAUUAAGACCAAUAAAGAUGUAUCUACAACUAGCUGACCGCUCUGUUAAAUAG